AUGACGCAUAACCCACAAAAUUACGGCUGGCCUAGCCGGUCAUCACAACCGCUUCAACCCCCAUCCAUGGCAGUGGGUCAGCCCGCGUUCGCACCCCCACACAGCAUGUCUUCAUCGGCUGGAUAUCCUGCAUAUGGUCACCAACUUCCUCCCUCCCAAAGCUUCUACCCGCCAGGAGCCCCUUCGUCACACUAUCUUUUACCACAAGCCCGCCAGCAACCCCGAAGUUCCUCCAUUUCUUACUCUUAUCCCAGCAGCUCGCUAGCCAGCAGUCCUUCAGCCAUGCAUGAUCACCCGUUCACCUUGUCACCCCCAUCAUAUCUUAUGAACCAGUCAGAAUACUACCUCACCCCGAGUUCCUCCAUCUCAUCAGUAUCCAACUCGAGCUCAAUAGCCGUGAGCCCCCAGCCACCGAACUUGAUGCCCCCCAGCACGGUGUACUCCUCGCCAGAUUCCGUCCCAGCCUCGUCAGACCCCGAGCAGCAAGUCCGAGUCAUAAGCUUCCGACCAAAGCCGCAGUGUUGGGAUCACGGGUGCAACGGACGCGAGUUUUCCACAUUCAGCAACCUCCUCCGUCAUCAACGAGAAAAGUCCGGCGUUGUCGCCAAAGCGGAAUGCCCCAGCUGCGGUGCGGUUUUUACUCGUACCACGGCACGAAAUAUCCAUGUCGCCCAAGGGAAGUGCAAAGGGAGUGGACGAGACAUGUCCGCGGAGUAA